AAGGGGAAACUGAGGAGCUGCUUUUGAAGGCAGGUGAGGCCCGGCCUAACGCUGCAGGUAAGCCGGGAAGAAUGCAGCAGCAGCCAAACACUCCCGCGGGCGCGUCGCAGUGACUCAGCCGCUACCAGGAAGGAGGAGUGCUCCCAAACUCAGCGACGCCCCCAGACAGCAGCCUGAUCUCCGAGGCUCUGGGGAGCCAAGUCCCCCGCAGCGAGCAUCAAGACGUCCAGGGCGGGACCCCCUGCCGUCCCGCUUUCCUCCCAGAGCAGUCACCUCUGCCCAUCCAUCCCCGGGACGUGGCCGAGGGCGGUGACAGCGCUGCGGGCGCCGUGGGGGCCACGCGGGUCCUGGCCCCGACGGCGCCCAGAAGACCUACAAGAGCUGUCCCAGGCCGAUGUCCCAGGUGAGCGGUCAGUGCCCUUCUCGCUGCGACGCGCCUCAUGGAGUCCCCAGCGCUGCCCUGGACCCAGCCCAGACCAUGUCCCUCCUCCCUGGGCUGGAGGUAGCAAGAUCCACUCACCCUGCAGAGGCAUCAUCUGAAGAGGGCUCCCCGGAGGAGGCGGCACCCUCCAUGCCCCAAGACAGUAGUCUUGGGGCUCACCAGGCUCUGAACAGCACUGACCUCGAUGUCCCCACAGAAGCUGUGACGUGCCAGCCUCAAGGGAACCCCCAAGGCUGCACCCCACUACUGCCAAAUGGCUCUGGCCACGACCACCUCUCAGAACCGGGCAGUGCCGGGCAUGCGGGGAACGGUGCUCUGGGUGGGCCCAAGGCCCACCGGAAGUUGCAGACGCAUCCCUCUUUGGGCAGCCAAGCUGGAAGGAAGAGCAAAGGCAGCACCCGGUCAGCCUCACAGGUCCCCCUCCAGGCACAGGAAGAUUGCUGUGUCCACUGCAUCCUGUCCUGUCUGUUCUGUGAGUUCCUGACCCUCUGCAACAUCGUCCUGGACUGCGCCACCUGUGGCUCCUGCAGCUCCGAGGACUCCUGCCUCUGCUGCUGCUGCUGCGGCUCCGGCGAGUGUGCGGACUGUGACCUGCCCUGCGACCUGGACUGCGGCAUCGUGGAUGCCUGCUGCGAGUCGGCAGACUGCCUGGAGAUAUGCAUGGAGUGUUGUGGACUCUGUUUCUCCUCCUGAUGCCGCGGGGUGGCCCCAGAGCUGCCGCACAAAGCUUGACGCCUCCCCUGACCCCCCGCGGACCCCUCAGAAUCCUAACCCAGAUGUGAGAAGGUGGCUCGCGCGAGGGGCCACCUCAGCCACGGAACAGGUCUGCUUUCAGACGCAUAGCCUGGUCCCCUCGACUGGUGACCAGGGACACAGCAUCUAGAGCCUGGUAGGACAGAACCAGUUAGCUGCCCAGACUCAGAACACUGUGAACGGCAGGGGAGGGGCAGGAAUGGGAGGCCCGUGUCCUUCUCUACCUCUGCUCCAGGUGCCUGCCUCCCUCGGCUUACCCCAGCUUUGAGGACAGAAAAUGUGAAAGGGCACCUGUCCUGCCGCCCAUUGUCAGCCCCACCCCCGCUCUCUUCCCAGCUCAUUUACUGGGCUCUUGUGGGGGCCUAACCCAUAUAGUGACCCAAGACGAUGGGGUUUAGGGAGAGGGUGGGUGGGAGGGGGCGAUAAGGAAAAGACUGGAAAGGGGUAGAGGGAGGGUCUGUUCUAUUCAUUACUGUAAAUAAAGAUAUCCGUUCAAUCUUCA